AUGGCUAAGAGACCCUUAGGUUUAGGUAAACAGAAUAGAGAAAAGAAGAGAAAGGUGGAAAGUGGUGAAAAAAAGAUUGAUGGACCUACCAAAGAAUCUACCCCGGUGAGAAGUCAAAUGAGCGUCGAGCUUGAUGAUGAUGCUGAUUUGGAUGACGAGUUGGCUCAGUUGAAAGGAUUGUGGUCUAAAUAUUUCAAUUCUGAUAGGGAUGACGAGUAUGUCUUGAACGGUAUUGUCCACGAGUGUGACAGAUUAUUGCGUCUUGCCGAGGAAAAUGAGGAGAUUAAGAAAACUUUGAACGAUAUCUUUCAUGGUAUAUAUGCCCUAGCUUUAUCUGAAUUGACUAUUUUCAAAGCGGGUGAUGAGGAAGCCACUGAAGAAAAGAGAAGAAGAGAGGUAUCCUUAUUUUUUGAGAGUGCUAUUGAAAGAAUCGAAUUGGGCCUUUCACAUUUCCCCGAAUCCCAAUUCCUGAAAUUAGUUUUGGCAAAGAUAAUUUUUCAAAGAAUCCCGUUGGAGUAUAUUUCCAACCUAAAUUUGAAAACAAAGGAUAAAACAUUGAAUCUUGCAGAGCAAUUUGAACAUGGCAAGAAGCAUUUCUCAAUUUACGAAACUGACACAGAAUUAACAUUCGAAGUUCUACAGAUGGUAAAUGACUUAUUGGAUAUUGUAGAAAAUUUUGGUCGUGAACAGUCUAUACAAGAAGGCAUAGAUAGCGAUAAUGAGGAGGAAGAGGAGCUCAUCGAUGUUGAAUUAGAACCAGAACAUCCUAUAUAUCCUUUACAGCAAUCACUGGAGGACAACUAUGAGUGGCUAAGAAAUCAUUUUGACAAGUUGCUUGACAGUAUGAGCACCGAUAUGCAAGUAUAUCCAUCCGUAGCCAACACCAUAGGUGAAUUAUACUUAAAAAAGGCUGAAGAACCAAGUAAAAUUUUCUUAAGUUUACAAUACGACAAUGACGAUUCUAAAAAGGCCAGUGACGAAGCAGCCAAAAACGCUCAAAAUGCGGCUUUGAAACAUACUAGGAAGGCAUUGGAGUAUUUGGAAAAGGCCAAAUUGGAAGAUGAUCCAGACACCUGGGUCCAAGUCGCUGAAGCAUACAUUGACCUAGGUAACUUGCUUGAUAAUGAAAGCACUGAACAAGAAAAUGCUUACAAGACCGCCGAAAAGAUCUUAGAUAAAGCCAACAAGGCUUCCCAUGGUAAAUUCCAAGAUGUCCUUGACAAUUUCUUACAAAAAUGA